GUCAGCUCUGCGCGGGCGCUCCGGGGACCCUGCGCUGCCCCCUCUAGCAGCUGGAGCCGCACAGCAGCAUCAACAGUCGCCGCCGCAGCCACAGCGGCCACAGAAGCGCCAGCGCGAGGCUCGCCGCGCUGCGCGGCGGAGAGCGGAGGGGCGGCGGCGCCCGCGCUAGCCGAGCCGAGCCGAGCGCGCAGCCUGGCCGCCGCCGCCGCCUCGCAGAUGCCAUCACAGCAACAAAGAGCUUGCUGAGCCGAGAGCCGAGGCAAGAGCUCGCCUGGAAACCGCGGAGCGGGCUCCGGGAGCUGGUCGGCAGCCGGAGGAAACGCGCGGGGGGUCUGGGGGAGGGGCGGGGGCAGAAGAUGGCCAAGAAGAGAGGGCCCCCCAGCAUCAAGGCCCAUGACUGCAGCGACAAUUUCUGUGAAGAUGCUGUCCGUCUUCAUGCAGAACUACCAGACACUUUCUUAGAGGACAAGACCUAUGGUUAUCCAAGGACAUUUGAUCCGAAUUUCAAGGGACCUGUUGCCAAAAGGAGUUGUACAGAUGUUCUGUGCUGUAUCAUCUUCAUACUGUUCAUCAUUGCCUACAUUCUUUUAGGACUUGUGGCCUGGGUACAUGGAGACCCCCGAAGAGUGGCCUACCCUACAGACAGCAAGGGCCACUUUUGUGGCCAGAAGGGUACCCCCAAUGAGAACAAGACCAUAUUGUUUUACUUUAACUUGUUCAGCUGUACCAGUCCCUCUGUGGUGGUAAACCUACAGUGCCCUACCACACAGAUCUGUGUCUCCAAGUGCCCAGAAAAAUUUUUAACCUACAUGGAAAUACAAUUUGCGUACAGAACAAACACACACUAUUGGACAUACUACAGUCAGUUCUGCAAAUCCCCUUUUGUUAAGCCUGCAAAGACUCUCACACAAGUCUUACUGGAUGAUGAUUGUCCAACAGCAAUUUUUCCAAGCAAACCAUUUCUCCAGAGAUGUUUCCCUGACUUCACUACUAAAAAUGGCACUUUGACAGUAGGAAAUAAGACAACAUUUGAAGAUGGAAAUGGAAAGACAAGAAAUGCUAUAGAACUCAGGACAGCUGCAAAUCGUGUCAAUAAGAUCCUUGAUGCAAGGGCAAUUGGAAUGAAAGUAUUUGAAGACUAUGCAACAACUUGGUAUUGGAUUCUCAUUGGCCUGACUAUCGCCAUGCUCCUUAGUUGGAUGUUUGUGAUACUCCUGAGGUUCAUAGCUGGAUUCCUCUUCUGGGUCUUCAUGGUGGGUGUGAUUGGAAUUAUAGGUUAUGGAAUAUGGCACUGUUACCAGGAACAUAGCAAUCUUCAGGGACGGCCAAAUUCUCACUUAACUAUAUAUGACAUCGGGAUUCAGACUGAUAUAAGCCUGUACUUCCAACUGAAACAAACAUGGUUCGCAUUUAUGAUAAUACUCUGCCUUCUUGAAGCGUUUAUCAUCCUCAUGCUGAUCUUCCUCAGGGAACGAAUCCGCAUCUCCGUUGCCCUGCUGAAGGAAGGGAGCAAAGCUAUUGGAUACCUCCCUACUACAUUAAUUUAUCCAGUUUUAACUUUCAUUUUCCUCUCCAUAUGUAUUGCCUACUGGGCAGUGACAGCAAUUUACUUGGCUACAUCAGGGGUACCUGUAUACAAAGUCAUAUCCCCAGAAGGGAAAUGUAAACAUGAAAAUACAACCUGUGACCCAGAGAUUUUUAAUACAACUGAAAUUGCCAAAGCUUGCCCUGGGGCUCAGUGUAACUUUGCUUUCUAUGGUGGAAAGAGCCUGUACCAUCAGUAUGUCCCUACCUUCCAGAUGUUCAAUCUGUUUGUCUUUCUCUGGCUUGUAAACUUUGUCAUUGCCCUGGGUCAGUGUGCCCUUGCUGGUGCCUUUGCUUCUUAUUACUGGGCCUUGAAAAAACCUGAUGACAUCCCGCCGUAUCCACUUUUUACUGCAUUUGGACGAGCCAUACGAUAUCACACAGGAUCCCUAGCAUUUGGAUCUUUAAUUCUUGCAUUAGUUCAAAUGUUUAAAUUCAUCCUAGAAUACUUGGACCGCCGUCUUAAAGAGGCCCAGAACAACAUUUCUAAAUUUCUACAGUGCUGCCUGAAAUGCUGUUUCUGGUGUAUGGAAAAAAUGGUAAAGUUUUUUAACAGAAAUGCCUAUGUUAUGAUUGCAAUAUAUGGCAAAAACUUCUGCAGGUCAGCAAGAGAUGCUUUCAAUCUGCUGAUGAGAAAUAUUUUAAAAGUUGCAGUUAUGGAUAAAGUUACAGACUUUGUACUAAUCCUGGGGAAAAUUCUAGUUGCUGGAUGUAUAGGUGUGCUGGCCUUCUUACUCUUCACACACAGAUUGCCAACAAUGAUAGAAGGACCAACAUCUUUAAAUUACUACUGGAUACCUUUGCUGACAGUCAUUAUUGGAUCUUACCUAGUUGCACAUGGGUUCUUCAGCGUCUAUGCAAUGUGCAUUGAUACAAUUUUCAUCUGCUUCUGUGAAGAUCUGGAAAGAAAUGAUGGAUCCACAGAAAAACCCUACUUCAUAGCCCCUGCCCUGCACGGAACUCUGAACAGGAUGCAACUAGUUCCCCAGAAGCAGAAAGAGUAGAAAAGCUCAAACAGUGACAUUCAUUUUUAAAUAGAACUUUUGUAAAUUAGAUCAUUUGUAACUUGAAAAUGAUGCUUUUGAGUAAUGUGAAAUUUCUGUGCUUAUUCCUAAAAAGCCAGAACCUGGUACCACCUGAGGUACCAGUAGCCUCUGUAAACUAGGAUACUUUAUAGACUGUGGUCCCAGCUGAAAAGCAAGGUGUAAAUGGCAAACAUAUUUUUAAAGCCUGUAGCCAAAAGUGUUUUAAAUGAGACUUUUAUAACUCAGAGUGCUGUUCCCUAUUGCAGCACUUUGAUCGCCUUUCUUUUUAUAAAUGUAUAUUUGUAAAGGAUAUUCAGGCAAUUUUUGAAAGCACUAUAAAUGUAUAGUCAAUUAGCCAUAAAAAAGAUUGAUAUAGUUAACCAGCAUAUGGUACUACAUUUGUAAAUAUGGUGCUAUGGUUACACAGCUGCUCCAGCUAGUGGACAGCUUUCUCAACUGUGAUUAAACUUGUAUAAAUGUUUCCCUAGGAAGUAUCCUUUGUUUCAGUAUGUGAUUCGAGACCAUAACAAACAGAGAUGUUAAUGGUAUACAAGUUCCAUGGAGAACACUGCUAGGUAAAAAUUACUGGGGAACCUCAUAGCCCACUUUUUUGUGUGUGAAAUUAUAUUUAUAGUAAAGUUGAAUCAGUUUUGGGAUAUGAUUUCCAAUAAUACGAACCUCUACCCACUGUGAAAAUAUUCUGAACAAAACUGAAAUGGCUACAUAACUCAUGCCUUUUGUCUCUAACUCAGAUGGAGACAAAUUCCUAUUUUCCUAUUCCCACCAUGCAGAAAAUUGGAAUGGAUGUUAUUUCAGAAGAGUGAUUCUGUCUUUCACAAGCAUACCUGUUUUUCUAGAUUAAAGAGCUUGUUUGACUUCAUUCUACAAAAUAGUGGUUUUUAUAAUGGCCACCGUCUUGUUCUUGGCUUAUUUUCUUGAGAUUGUUAUAGUCAAAACCAUCACUUGGCUUCACCUCGUGGCAAAGGGCCUUCUUCACUCUCAUUCUCCUUGAAGUAUAAUUCAGAGAAGAGUGAUCAUGUAUCUUUCUGGAUGGUUAUUAUUAUCCAACAAUACAGAGGUCAAAACCAAGCGCUAGUAAAUUUUUACCUCUCUUUUUUUUUCUUUUUUUCUUUUCUUUCUUUUUUUUUUUUUUUUGGAAGCGAGAGGGGGAGAGAGAGAGCAAGUGUGCGUUUGCACACGCAAGCAGCAGGAAAGGGGGAGAGGAAAAGAAUCUUAAACAGGUUCCACACCCAACGCAAAGCCCAAUCCAGGGCUGGAUCUCACAACCCCGAGAUCAUGACCUGAGCCAAAAUCAAGAGUGAAAGGCUUAACCAUCUGAGCCCCCAGGUGUCCCAGUUACCUCUCUCUUAAGUGUUAAAAAAUGAUAGGGAAUACAUCCCCUUCAGGAGUAGUUGGGUGAUGAUACAUAUUGAUGAAACAACACAGUUCUAAUCUUUUUUUUGUAGGCAUCAGAAUCACUCUGAGAACUUCUAAUAGACACCUGUGCCCCUUCCCUAAGAGAUUCUGAUAUGUUGUAUUUGGGUGUGGGGCAGCUUGUGAAUUAUUAUAAAGUUCUCUAGUUGAUUCUGAUACAUAAAAGUUGGAUAAUCACUUGAAUAAAAUAUAAAUCAACAUGCAAGAAACUGGUUGCCUAUAUUCUUAUAUUCUUGGCUGUUCCAGGAGUUAGAAAAUUAAGACAAAGAUUAAUUUGGAGACUCCUAAUAAUCAUAACUUCUUCUGUAUUUUAGAUUCUUAGACUAGAUGCGGCCCAUGUAUUACGUGUUUAACAUACUGGUGAUCAGACCAAAAAAUUCACUAGAGUAAAGGUGUUCACUGAACUAUAUGGAGGCAUAUUCUAUAGCUGGCUAUAUUUUAAGGCUCUAACCCACAGGUACAAAAUCAUAGGAAAAGAAAUGCUAUUUGGUUCAGUAUUUUUAAAUAACUUCCUUAGUACUUAAAGGAAGAAUCUCUAAGUAUAGACAGUUUAACUAUAUUAUGGACUUAAUUCUAGUCAGAAAAAGUUUUCCCCACUAGAGAGUAAAAAUGAGCAUUGUUUUUGAGGGAAAAAAUUAGACGCUAUUAUCUUACAAAGCAAUUAAAGUAACUACAAAACAGUCUUUCUCAAAACUUGAAGUUUAAGUCUUCGAAAUACAUUGAAAUUUUAUAAAUCUUAUUUUUUAAAACUAUGCUAACUAAAUUGAUGGCAAAACAAAAGCAAUUUUGAACAAAUACAAUAAUUUAGAAAGUGAAUUGAGUAUAUACUACUUUUCAGGAAUUUAAAGGUGAAUUUGGAAACUCCCGAUGAGGUUUGUGUUUUGUUUUGUUUUUAGUAAGUUUGCUAUCCAAAAGAAGGUGAAAGUUAUUUCCUCCAUUAUGCACCUGAGAGGCAUGCACUACUGGCAGAAUAUGACCUGGUACACAGAAUGAGAUAAUACUCUACUAACGUAUUGACAAGGGCUGCUUGUUUUCUCAUGGGUAUGUUUACAAUAAUGCCAAACUAUGCUAUUUAAAAAAGAAAAAAAAAAAAAGUUUUGAACUGCUGUAAAGCAAGUGUGCAGCAGAUGGCGACGUUACUUCUCUUACAGUUUUGCUUUGAUAUUUACUCUGUGCCGUUCUUCCUCCUAGUGGAAGAUGUAGAAAGAAACGAUGGUUCUGCUGAAAGGCCCUAUUACAUGAGUCAGUCUCUGCUGAAGAUUCUGAACGAGCCAAGUAUGCAAACUAAGAAGCAUUAGAAGUGCAAACUGUGGUCAUCCUGCCGCUGUGUGUUACCUAAUCUUCAUCUGCUGUGUCUGCACAACACACGUUUCUUAAGUGAUUUGUGAUCGGAACACUGUAUUCACCACCUUGUUGGCUUUUAUUUGCAUGUUUAAUACCAAAGCUUAUACUGUAAUAUGUGAAGCCAUCAGAAGUCGCAAGGGAAUUGUUAAUAACAUGGUACAUUUUUAUACUAAGGAUCUUUUGUUUUGGAAUUCAUUUUCAAAUAUAGUGGCUAGGAUGUUUUGAAAACACUAGUGAAUAUGGUCAUAUUCUUUUAAAUAUUACAUUGAAAAAUGAAACGUUAUUUAAAUCGAUAGCUAAUAUAUUUUUUAAAUUACAACUAAAAGACUUCUGCAGGGAAAAUUGGUCAACAAAGUGAAAUAGAAAAUUUUAAAGUUUUCCCCACUCCUGUUUGACAGUAAAUUGGUAAAAGGACUGCCUGCUCCAGAUUUUGUUCUCUUUAAGUAUAGAAUGUUUCCUGUUAAACAAAUUGCCAAUCAUCCAGCCUUUACUACUUAGUCCUCUCUGACAAAGUGCCUUACUGGCUGUUUAAUACUACCCAGCUUUUGUGGGCAAGUUUACAAACCUUGUUUAAAAGACAAAAAAAAACAAAAAAACCUGCAAUGUUAAGUGAUUGAAACAAGUCUUCAAGAAUUUGUUUUCCUCUUAGCUCACUGGUUGGAAACCACUUGUCAUUUCAGUAUGUUUGAUAUCCUCACUGUAGAGAGUACAUUUUGCAGCAUAAACAAUUUCCCUUGCGCCUAGUGGACAUUCAUGAAUGUGUACUACACGCAAGAAAAAAAAAGUGAAAGGAUGCUUGUUAAUUUUUUUUACUAAAUGUAAGAAGUUUAAAAAUCUAAUCUUUUCUAUAGUAGAUCUUUGAAAAUAGGUAUAAGACUACAUUUCUCAGUGUUUUACAGUUUGGAAAGGGACACUGAGAAAUUACAAAGGGAAACUUUACCCCUGGAAAGGGUGCUCACAGGUGUCAUGUACUGAAUCUUUCUGUUUUAAAUGAUUAUGAUCAUCGAGAAGUGUUGUAUGUAUGUUAUUUCAUUUUUUAACUUUUGAUAUGAAAUCAGUUUAUAAUGUUAACUUCUAUUGUGCUAAUAUAAAGAGGAACAUAAUUUCUAAUUCAAUUUUAAGUAAUUUUGCUAGUACUACUAACUUUAAAGAAAAUGAAUUAAGUUUGUUAUUCAGUGUGAGAAUAUUCACCCCUAGGGAAUGUCAGUCAGAUAGGAUAAUUUGUGAAAGCUUUGAGAAUCAACAGUAAGUUACUAUCAGCUUAUCUAUGAUCACAUUGGUUUAAAUGUGACUUUAGAUAUUCUUUUAUGCCAAAAACAAACUCACAUGAGCACAUGACAGUCUGAGCUCUAUAAUCAAUCUGCUUCUGCUGUGCAGAAAUAUUAGGAACAUAUUGUCUAAAUAUCUUUGAUAACUAAAAUGUUUAAUAUUUAAUGAAUUUGUUGUUACUCAUCAUUUUAA